CCCCUCGGAAGACGUGUACACUUCCAACGUCUCCCCUGGGAAGAUGUCCGAUGUGUACACGUCUUCCCAGGGGAGACGUUGGAUGGUACACGUCACUACACCAAACACCUAUUACCAUAACACAUCAUUAUAAUACUAUUUAAAAAGAGUUAUUGUAUAUAUAAAGUUAAUGACUAAAAAGUCACACGGGCGACAAGUUAAAAAAAAAGUGGCAAGUGAAAAAAAAAAGAGGCAAAUUUUCGGACUCAUUUUUCCCUUCUCGGACCGAAGUCAUCUCUUUCUCUCUCUAUCUCAGUCUUCAUCUCUUUCUCAUUUUCCCUAUCUAGGACCGAAGUCUUCAUCUCUUUCUCUCUGUCAACCAUCUCUUUCUCUCUGUCUCAUUUUCCCUAGCUCGGACCGAACCAUCUCUUUCUCUCUGUCUCAUUUUUCCUAGCUCGGACCAAACCAUUGAAACAGGUGUGGUCUGAAUUCCAUCUUUGAUAUUGGAGGAGACCAUGAUAGCAGCAGUGAUGUUCAGUCACAGAUAGAAAUGGCCUUUUCAGAUGGGGGACUCUCCCGCUUACAAGCAGUACGUCUCCGGCUUACUCGCUGGAGUUUCCACCGUCGCCAUUGGCCAUCCCUUUGACACCGUAAAGGUGAAGCUGCAAAAACACAAUACUGCUUAUGGGGGAGCUAUCAUCAGUUUUGUAUUAUGGGGGAGCUAUUCUCACAAAGGGAAGUACGCAGAGUAGUGCUCCACAGCCCCAUGUAAUAAUUCCAUCUGCUGCUUAUGGGGGAGCUAUCAUCAGUUUUGUAUUAUGUCCAUCAGAGUUAAUUAAGAUAUAUCAAAUUGAGGAUAAUGAAAUUAGAAACAACUGUUCCACCAUGCCAAUGACAUCAACUGUUCAAACACCACUGUUGUUUAGAGGCACCCUUAAAGAAUAUCAGCUGAAAGGUCUUCAAUGGCUGGUCAAUUGUUAUGAGCAGGGUUUGAAUUGCAUUCUUGCUGAUGAGAUGGGCCUCGGAAAGACCAUUCAGGCUAUGGCAUUUUUGGCUCAUCUAGCGGAAGAUAAAAAUAUAUGGGGACCUUUUCUUGUUGUUGCUCCUGCAUCUGUAUUGAACAACUGGGCAAAUGAAAUUACCCACUUUUGCCCUGACUUGAAAACUCUUCCAUAUUGGGGUGGACUUCAGGACCGUACAGUUUUGAGGAAAAAAAUCAACCCGAAGACACAAUACCGCAGGGAUGCUGGGUUUCACAUUCUUAUCACCAGCUAUCAGCUACUUGUUUCUGAUGAGAAGUACUUUCAGCGGGUGAAAUGGCAAUGUAUGGUGUUGGAUGAAGCCCAAGCAAUUAAAAGUUUAAACAGGUUUGAUUCAAAUCAUUCAUGUCAGUGUACUUUGUAGUUUGUGCUAACAUUUAAUUGUCAUAAUUGCAGCCAAGCAAGAUAGAUGCGCAGCCUUUAGAAAAAAGGAAAUUUUUUAUUUCGAUGGUGCCGAUUGUUUUCUCCUUAUCUGAUAGUCUUAAGCUUGAUUUUAUUGUAAAUUGAUGUGCUUGGUUUAAGAUUAACAAUAGACAUUUUAUUGAUUUGGAAGAAGGUUUAAUGAAAGAAGUUAUUCCUAUGAACUGUACAUUAGUGGUCAUGUUGCUGAGUAUAAGAUGGAAGACACUGCUUAGUUUUAAUUGCCAAAAUAGGCUUCUGCUUACUGGCACUCCAAUCCAAAAUAAUAUGGCAGAGUUGUGGGCCUUACUACAUUUCAUUAUGCCAACCUUAUUUGAUAGUCACGAAUAGUUUAAUGAGUGGUUUUCUAAAGGAAUUGAGAGCCAUGCAGAACAUGG